AAAGUACUGAGCUCUAAGCCCAAAAUCUGCGCCCAUCUGUGCGCCUAAUUCAGAAAGUCCUAGCAGGGCAGGAGGUCAGCCAUGAUGGCUGCAACAAACGGGGAUACGGAAGAUCUCAAAGCCGACAUCGAGGAGCUCAAGCGCUUGCUCGCGGAAUGCCAGCGGCCGUGAAAUGCUUGCUGGAGAAGGAGCUGCAGGAGAUUGAAAAGGGACCAGAGAAAAAGGACAAGUCUGAUGGAAUCAAGAUAAAGCCCGUCGCAGUGAAGCCUUCGGUGCCGCGGAUAGACUACACAACGCUCUCGACUCUCAGCUGGGACCAGGACUCCGACAAAGUCAAGAUCUACAUCUUCAUCGAGGGUGCGUCGCAGGACCGCGUCAUCGCUGACUUCACACCGACAUCAUUCGACGUCCGGCUGCAGGACGUGGCGGGCAAGCACUUUCGGGCGGCAGUCCACCAACUCCACGGCAAGAUCGACCCUAAGAGAUCUAGUGUGGCGGUGAAACCGAAGCGUAUCACGAUUACGAUGCCCAAGGCGGAGCGGAAGCACUGGCUGGACCUGUACCAUAAAGAGAGCAAGUUCGACAAGAAGGACACCGCUGCUUCGAAGGACAAUCCGAUGGCCGGGAUCAUGGACCUGAUGAAAACGCUGUACGACGAAGGGGAUGACGAGAUGAAGAAGACGAUCGCGAAAACGUGGACGGAGUCGCAAGCGGGAAAGAAGCCGGGUAUUGAUCCGCUGAAAGACAUGGACUACGAUUUUCCCACGUCGUCAGACAAGUUCGACUUGUGACCACCGGCUUGAAGAUACGAGUGAUCACGAACGGUUGAUUGAUAGGAGCGCCUGUCAUCGAGGAAGCUUAAGAUAGGACCUCUCUGUGUGUGGCGUCGCUUUAGUGGCCAAGGAAUGGAUGAAGGGUGCAUAUGUGCAUCAAGCCGCCCCUGUUCACAGGUACAAGCUAGUCCUGUGCUGGCUAGAGCAACAUGGUUUUAAAGAGGCUCGUUUUGAUCAAAUAAUUUGGUGCGAAUGUGCAAGAGCAGAAGAGCCCCACCACUCAGCGCCAGGGUGUUGCAGUGGAUCAUGCAACGUGACCUCACAAAGUGCGUUGUACCCUACAUUGUAUGCAUUGAAGGCUUU